AUGAAAACUUCGAAGACGCUGAUUUUCAUUAUAGCCAUAUUUCUAAUAAGCCAUUUGUCUCUGAGUAAGAAGAGAAACUCGCAAUUUAAUCAAGUCCAGCAUGAGCACUAUAUCAAGACAUCAGAGUGCCAUAUACCAUAUAUCAAUAAACCAUUGGAAAAUGAAAAAGGAAACAUAAAAAAACAACACACAAUUUGUUCCAAAGAUGAAAGUUUGAUAAACCUUCGUUUCGACGAGAAAUCCCAUCAAUAUUUAUUGUAUGUAAAUGAUCAUGUGGCCCAGCUAAAACUAAGAUCUAUGAAAAAGAAAUCUCCCAACCUGAUUGGAUACAAUUGCAGUUAUCGUGAGCUCAAAAGGUUAAAUCGCGACUAUAUCGUUGAUGCACCUGUUGUCCUUGGCGAGGAAGUUAAAUUUUGGAAUGGCUAUAUUGUUCCCCCUUCUGUGGAGGGGAUGCGUGCAACUUGCCGAAAUGAACUGGCAGAGGAUCUACAAUCAGAUACUUUUGUCUUAGUGCAACCUCCUAAGACAUAUGCACCACUUAUUUCUUGGCACCGCAUACCGAAUGUUUUAUUGAUUGGAUUCGAUGGCAUUUCCCAGAUCAACUUUCGUCGCAACUUUCCCCUUGUAUUCAAUCAAUUAAAAAUGCAGGACUGGUUCAGAAUGGACGGAUACACAGGAAUUGGUGAGAACACCCAGUCCAAUUUAAUGGCUUCACUGACUGGCUACAGUCCUCACACUUUGAUGAAUCUCAAAUGCGAUUCGAGUGUGAUUGGUUGCCUUAAAACUGUUCCGCUGAUAUGGAAGCAUUUCAAAAAGAAGGGUUUUAUAACAGCCUAUGGCGAGGGAAUUUCCAAUUUGUUUGAUUCGGAAAAGUAUGGGAUUUUUGAAGGUACCAUUGACUUUUAUGCUCGUCAUAAGAAUCUUCAAAGUUGCAUUGAUAGGCGAUUUAAUAUCAAGCAUAACUACGACUAUUGUGAGGAAUUUUUAAAACGACAUGCUAACACCAACCGUCCUUUUUUCGGGGUUUUCUUUGGAAACGGAAUAACCAAUAGAUCUUAUGAUAAUGCCAGAAUACAAACUGAACUGUUGGAUAAAGUAAAGAAAUUCAAGAAAAUGGGUAUUCUCACUCAGUCAAUUGUCGUCCUAUUCAGCUAUCCUGUGUCAUCCGUAAAAGAAAAGAAAACGAACUUUUCUCAAGAAGAUUUACCAAUUUUGUAUAUUUGGCUACCACCUUGGUUUAAAGCAUUCCGUCCUGAAAUAGUUCAAGCAUUAAGGAUCAAUAGUAAACGUUUGACUUCACCAUACGAUCUUCAUCUUACACUGCAACACCUCUUGGAACUGGGAGAACGUUGGCCUCGAGCGGUGGACAAGCUGGUGGAUUGCCCCACUUGUCAAACCCUUUUUGCUCCUGUUCCCGAAAAUCGAACCUGUUCAGAUGCUGGCAUAGGAGAAUCCCAAUGUCCAUGUGAUAGCUACAAGCUGCUUAGCUCCAAUCAGAUGAAACAAUUGUCUGUGGGAAAGCAAAUUGUGCGCAGUAUAAAUGAAUUCCUUAACCAUCACAACUUGCAUGAGUUGUGCCAUAAUCUUACACUGAAAUCAGUCAAAAUGGUGUUGCAACGAAAGGAUAGAAAAUUAUCUAGUGGCAGCACCUAUAGAGCAUAUUUCAGUGCCAACCCAAAUAAUGCAGAAUUUUCCACAACUAUCCGCUACGCUAAUAAUCGCCAAGAACUGGAAUAUAUAAAUGUGGAGUCCAUAAACCGAUUGAAUAACUAUCAAAAUGACUCGAGUUGCAUGCGAAGAUUGCGAGGCAGAAAGUUUUGUAUAUGCAAGAGCCAAAUACUAGAAAAUCACAGCACUUCAGAGGUCACAAAAUUAAUACCGAAUAAAAAUAAAAUAGAUGAUAAAUUAUAUGAAUUACCAGACAUGCGAGAAAACGACCAAAACAUUGAAACAUUGAACAUUGAAGUUAUUUCGGUGUAACUAAUGAUAAAUUUAGUUAUCUAACUAUAUACUUUUGGGUUAUAAUCCAAGUGAUUUGAACAAUAUAAGCUUAAAGCACUAGGUGCCAUCCAUAUAUCAACAUUAUUAAAACCAGGGUUAUCUCAAUUUUACCUUCUCAGGUAAACCUUGCUAAAAGCAAUCACAGAUAGUGACACAAUCAGACCCAUAAGUUACUGAGUUAUCCAUUUUACCAUUAUCCGGACAGCUCCCAGUCACUCUUGUUCUCGACUGGAAUGGGACAAUUUCAUUGUUUAAAAAUUUAAUUGUUAUCUACUUCAGCGUGCAUACGUAUGUACAAGCCAAUGCACAAUAUUCACAAUAUGUUUCUACUUUGACUUAUAUACAAUACAUUGACCUAUAAAAUGAGAAUAAUUUCUUAAAUCUACAACCAAUGUAACACCUAGAAGCAAAUAAUGUCAAACCCAUAUUGAAUUCAGCCUGCAUUUACGUUGCAAAACUUUCCACCCUUACAAUAAAAUAAUUGACAGUAGAUAAGAUUAACAGUGCUGUAAAUCCCUAAUUUAUUUGAUAUCUAGAACUCUCAAGUCGCUUAUACUAAGCGGGAUGCGUCAAGAAAUAAUUUUAUCUUUGUUUGCAUGUAGGUGAAAAAUGACAGGUGUCACACAACACUGAAGAACUUUGUCGUCGGACCCCGGAAAAUAAAUCUUAUAUCUUAUAUCUUUAUACAAUGCUAUUAGCUAUGCCAUUAGUUUGCAAAGCGGAAAUGAAAGCACUUAUCUAAUUCUUGGGACUGCGGAAGUUGUGUUGGGUCCCAUAUUAUAUAUCCAAUCAAUAUGUCGAAUCGUCAGAUAAAUUGAUACUUGUGCCCAGGUUGAAAGCCAGAACUUCUGCCUCAUGAUUGGCCGCUUAUCAUUUGAAAGGCUAUGUUUUGUCUACUUAUUAACAUUGUUUACUAAUUCAUUAUGAUAAUGGGCCGUCGGCGACUAUCAGUAUCAGUUCAGAUGAGGACAGGCACUCCCGAGGCACAGUGGCGUAAUUUAAAGUUUUCACUAUUAUAUUUAUAUAAAUUAUAUUGCAGUUU